AAGCGAGAUGUAUAUAUAUAACGGUAGGUGCAUAAUUAUUGAAGAUUAGUGGUCUGUGGUGAAUAUUCCGCGCAAUGAUCUGGUGCAAGGUCGGAUUCGUCAUUUCAAUUUUGUUCAUUGUCGAAUGUCACGCUGUCACCCACGUGAAGAUUCUGCAAGAACCAGGGAGCAGGACGAUCCUCCUCGGGCCGGACGGAGCCGUCUUAAAAUCUAGGUUUCCCGGAGGAUCGGUCGUUACAGAUCCCCAUGCACCCGAGGGAAUUCUUGCAGGUUCGGCGUAUUUGGGAAGCUCCCGUGACGUCAUCGUGGGCGGUCCAGCCGGUAAAGUAAUUACAAGUUACACUCUGGCCGGUCCAGCCGUUGUCCCAGGCGUAUUGCCAGAAGGGGGUGCGAGAUUGUUGGGGGCAAAAAGUGUCCGACCAGAUUGGUACUAUGGUUACUAAGUUUUCUUUGCAACAAGAGUUUAUAUUUAUUAUCGACGUUGUUUAUUAAUGUUUUUUGGAAUAAAUUUGAUUUGAUGUAUCGCAAAGAAAAUGCUUUGUUUGAGGACUUUUGCUAUUGGAUUAUCUAAAAUAUAUACUGGGUGUCCCGCAAAAAACAUGGCUAUAUUUUUUUAUUGAUAAUUCUAACUUCCUGUAACAAUACCAUUUAACAUUAAGUUGCUUUUUUAGAAAACAGCAAAAUUACUUUUUACACUUUUGAUCUUAUUUUGAUAUUGAUCAGUUUUGAUCAUCACGUCAAACGUCACUUGUGCUGUUAUGUAAUUAUGUACUCCUAAAUUAAUGCUAGUAGAAAAAUAUAGUAUGUUUAACACGUGGAUCAACUUCCUCAGACACGCUCCGCUUGCGCCAAAAUAAAGUAACAAGGUGGCGUUUAGCAAAUUUAUUGAAUAGUAUUAUACCAUUCACAAUAGGAUAAAAAAAACCGUUGGCAGGAGACAAGGGAAUUCAAUAAUUUUCAAUUAAUAAAAAAUAAUCGGUG